GAUUUAUUUAACCUUGGCUGGAGAGAGUAUAAAGAUGAUCAGAUAGUGCCAAUCUCUUUAAGAGGGAGAGGUCCUGUGGAGAGGCAGGCAGCAGACUCUAGGGAAAGACAAUUUUGCCGUGUUCGGUUGAAUAGGGUGAGCAUUGAAGUAGUGAAAGUCUACUUCCAGUUUGGGCCUUUAAUUGCUAGCUCAAACCACUAUAUUUUGAAUUAGGGGCAUUAUGUUUGUGUUUUUGUUUUGGGGACCCUUGUAAUUCUGGUGUGACUCUGUUCCUGAGGUGGAGCUUAACACUCUAAUUAGACCUGCUCUUUUAUUUCAAAGCUUAGACCUGUCUCCAUCACCUUUGCCAUGCCACACAACACAGGAUGUAAGCACAUGAUCUUUGGUCUUUUAUUUGCAUACUCUACUAGUCCUGUCUUCAUUGGCGGGAAGUAACUGGCCAGACCUCGGCUGUCUUGCUGCCUGCCUUCCUUGCUGGGCUCCAACUUAUCUUCUGUGUACAUAGCCCGUGGAGUUCAGAGGCCUCUGCUGACUUCUGCCUGGCCCCUGCCUUUCAGCACCCAUAUCCCCACUUGUACGUAGAGGAGCAGAAGGAAAAGAGGGAGCUGGAGAUAGUUUGUGAGAGGCUCAGAAGCUCAGUACAUCCCUCUGUCUCAGCUCUGCCCACUUGCUGCUGUGGCCACAGCAACAGAAAGGACAGCUAGGCACAAAGGAAGUAAGGUCCACUACCUUGCGGGCAGUGGUGUCAUUAACUGCAACGGCUAAGAUGUCUCAAGAGAUGGGAGAGCUCACUCAAACCAGGUUACAGAAGAUCUGGAUUCCACACAGCAGCAGUAGCAGCAGGCUGCAGCAGCGAAGGGGCUCAACCAUACCACAGUUCACCAAUUCCCCCACAAUGGUGAUCAUGGUGGGUUUACCAGCUCGAGGCAAGACCUACAUCUCUACGAAGCUCACACGCUAUCUCAACUGGAUAGGAACACCAACUAAAGUGUUUAAUUUAGGCCAGUAUCGACGAGAGGCAGUGAGCUACAGGAACUAUGAAUUCUUUCUCCCAGACAACAUGGAGGCCCAAAUUAUCAGGAAGCAAUGUGCUCUAGCAGCCCUAAAGGAUGUCCACAAAUACCUCAGCCGUGAGGAAGGUCAUGUUGCGGUUUUUGAUGCCACCAACACUACCAGAGAACGCCGAUCAUUGAUUCUGCAGUUUGCUAAAGAACAUGGUUACAAGGUCUUCUUUAUUGAGUCUAUUUGUAAUGACCCUGACAUCAUUGCAGAAAACAUCAAGCAAGUGAAACUCGGCAGUCCUGAUUACACAGACUGUGACCAAGAAAAGGUUUUGGAAGACUUUCUAAAGAGAAUUGAGUGCUAUGAGAUCAACUACCAACCUUUGGAUGAGGAAUUGGACAGCCACCUGUCCUACAUCAAGAUCUUCGACGUGGGUACACGCUACAUGGUAAAUCGAGUGCAGGACCAUGUUCAGAGCCGCACAGCCUACUACCUCAUGAACAUCCAUGUCACUCCUCGUUCCAUCUACCUAUGCCGUCAUGGCGAGAGUGAACUCAACCUCAGAGGCCGCAUUGGAGGUGACUCUGGCCUCUCAUCUCGGGGCAAGCAGUAUGCCUAUGCUUUGGCCAACUUCAUUAAGUCUCAAGGCAUCAGAUCUCUGAAGGUGUGGACUAGCCACAUGAAGAGGACCAUUCAGACAGCUGAGGCCCUGGGUGUUCCCUAUGAGCAGUGGAAGGCCCUGAAUGAGAUUGAUGCGGGUGUCUGUGAGGAGAUGACCUAUGAAGAAAUUCAGGAACACUACCCUGAAGAAUUUGCACUACGGGACCAGGAUAAAUAUCGCUACCGCUAUCCCAAGGGAGAGUCCUAUGAGGAUCUGGUUCAGCGUCUUGAGCCAGUUAUAAUGGAGCUAGAACGGCAAGAAAACGUACUGGUCAUCUGUCACCAGGCUGUCAUGCGGUGCCUUCUGGCAUACUUCCUGGAUAAAAGUUCAGAUGAGCUGCCCUAUCUCAAGUGUCCUCUGCACACAGUGCUCAAACUCACACCUGUGGCUUAUGGCUGCAGAUUGGAGUCCAUCUACCUGAAUGUGGAGGCUGUGAACACACACCGGGACAAGCCUGAGAACGUGGACAUCACCCGCGAACCUGAAGAAGCCCUGGACACUGUCCCGGCCCAUUACUGAGCCAUUUCCAAGUAAUGAGACGCUCUGUCCUCAUUGCCUUCUGCCUGUAGGAACUGCUGCCCUUGUUCUCCCUAUGCAAACUCUGGCAUUGGCCUGAGAGUGCCCUACCUCCAGUGAAGAAGUUCGCAGCAGCUCCCAAACAGGCCUCAAUUCCUAAGAGCCUACCUAAUGAUGGAUAAAGUUCUUUUAAAAUAACUAUUCUCUGAUAAAUAAAAAAUAACUAUUCUCUGAUGAAUAAAGAUGUUUCUUCC